CAUCUUCAAAUUCAAGCUCUUCCUCUUCCCAGAAACCGAAAAAUUUCCACAGGCAAGAUGUCGAGAGCCACCGUGGAGCUCGAUUUCUUCGGCAUGAAGAAGGAGAACUCUUCCAAGUCUCAGUUCCAGAAAUUCCUCCACCGCCGGCGAAGCUUUUGCGACAUUAAGAGUGCGAUUUCGAAGAUCAAUCCGGAGCUCAUCAAGUCCGUGAUUGCGUCUGGUUCUGCGAACCAGAUUGAUUCGAAAAAGUCAUUUUCUGUGCCUUGUACCCCCACCGAUCUAGCUCCGAGCUCCUUCUCGGCCUUACCUGUUCUCAAUCCUGUUUGCAGGACUGCAUCGGAGAACAUUCCUGCUCCUGAAACCGCUCCGUUGACAAUUUUCUAUAACGGAACGGUAACCGUGUUCAACCUCCCUCGGGAUAAGGCGGUGAAUAUUUUGAAAUUUGCUGUUGAAGGAUGCCCCAAAAAGGUCGAAUCGACCGAUUUGGAAAUCGCGGUUCCGUCAAGCGACCAACAACAGUUUCUUGAAUCUCUUGAUGGAGAUUUGCCAAUUGCCCGAAGGAAGUCAUUGCAGAGAUUUCUGGCGAAACGCAAGGAGAGGUUGUCCUCGGUGAUGCCUUAUGCAUGUUCCACCUAAAGACGCGUUUCUCCUACUUUCUGCUUCCUACCGGCCUGUCAAGCAUAGUAAAGAAUAUAUAGUUUAUAUAGAACUGCCUUUUUUAUCCAUGUGUAUGGAUUUAAGCACUUAAUUUAUAUAAAAGUAGGGCUUUAAGUCAUUAGGUUCAUGGAAUAGAAUGGCUUAGACGGUCCAGCCAUUUGCUUUUUAGUGAUGGUGUUUUGGCAUUUAUUCAAUGCUUCCUUCGCCUCACUUUCCUAGCUUGAUUAUGAGGACUUUGAAGCCAUUGUUUAAUUUAUUAGUUGGUUGAAAAUCACAUGUAUCCUGAAAUUUCCUUUUGGAAGGUCCCUUGCUGUGACUUCCAUUUUUAUAUUGUAAUGUAAUUUAUUAUUAGCACGUGUUUUUUAUU